GUUGAGGUUCUCCGUCUCCCUUUGCUGGUCUGGCUAUGAAAUGAUGACCGCCACAACUUCAAGUCCGCCUUCUCCCUCAAUGCUCUCUUUUUCAUGUUCUACAGAACACAAAUUCUUCCCGCUUUCAGUUUCUUUCCACUCAAGAACUCGCCUUUCCUGCAAACCAGUCUUGAUUUCUAUCCCCACUUCUAACCACAAGUUCCCCAAAUCAAGUUUUUGCAUCUUCAAUUCAAUCAACAAAGUCUCUUCUGUAGAUGAUGCUCCCAAAACGAAUCCAUCCCUGAUUGAGGUAAAAACCAGUUUAUGGAAGUGGAGAGGUUACUCGAUCCGCUAUCAGUAUGCCGGCAGCAUUGGUCCAGCACUGGUUUUACUCCAUGGUUUUGGAGCAAACAGGUCAAGAAUGCUUCUAGUAAACUAUUUGAUAUAGUGACCAUUGGAGAAAAAACCUUCCCGUCCUGGCACAAGCACACCGAGUGUUCGCGAUUGAUCUUAUUGGUUAUGGUUACUCGGACAAACCAGAUCCGCUCGAAUUUGUAGAUCUGUUCUACACCUUUGAGACAUGGGCUAGCCAGCUUAAUGAUUUUUGCAACGUUGUUGCCAGAGACAAAGCUUUCUUUAUCUGCAAUUCCAUUGGAGGAAUUGUUGGCCUUCAGGCUGCAGUCAAGGAACCUCAAAUAUGCAACGGCAUUUUUCUUUUAAAUAUCUCUCUUCGUAUGCUACACAUAAAAAAGCAACCUUGGUAUGGAAGACCUUUCAUUAGAUCAUUUCAAAGCUUGCUGAGGAAUACAGAAAUUGGCAAAUUGUUUUUUAGAGCUGUUGCCACUCCCAAAUCUGUACGGAAUAUCCUUUGUCAGUGCUACCAUGACAAAACCCAGGUGACAGAUGAAUUAGUAGAAGCCAUCCUUCGUCCAGGGCUUGAACACGGUGCUGCAGAUGUCUUUCUUGAGUUUAUAAGCUACUCCGGAGGGCCUCUUGCUGAGGAACUACUGCCUCUAGUUAAGUGCCCUGUUUUAGUGGCUUGGGGUGACAAAGAUCCAUGGGAGCCCUUAGAGCUUGGAAGAGCAUACAGUAAAUUUAACACUGUUGAAGAUUUCAUUGUCCUCCCUGAUGUUGGCCACUGUCCUCAGGACGAGGCGCCCCACCUUGUAAACCCGCUUGUUGAGGCUUUUGUGUCCCGUCAUGCUGCAAGUUUGGAAUCAAUAUCACAGGGAAAGAGUUCUUGAUUUAUGUCCAUGCCAUUUAGGUACGCCUCUGCCUCAAACGUAAAGAGCGAACAAGGCAAGUCCAAUCAAACAUUUCUCAAUUUCAUGUCCGUAGUUGUCAUCAACUCAUCAAUGAUCUUCCAUUUGCGUGACCGAAUUAAAUAUCAAAGGAAUAAACCCAUCACGAUCGUAUGGGUCUUAGAAUGUCAGACAGAUUUCCAUCUAAGAAAAGUUUGCUUCAAAAACAGUUUCUAGCUUGAGUUUGGUUUAAAACAUUCAUGCGUGUCUGUAUGUUAUGGCUUAAAUAUACUACUUGAUGCUUUGAACCCUCAAGUGCUUCAUUGAUUGUUGUUUUUGUAGGCAGGUGAAGUUAGGGGUGUUCCAAAAUAUCCGACCUGAAUAAUCCGUCUAGUACUCGGCCUGAUCCCAACCAAAAAAUGUAUAUUCAAUCUGGUAUUUUUUACUUUUGGAUCGGAUAUGGAUUAAAAUUUUAGAAUUUCGGAUAUCCGAGGUGCAUAAAAAAAAUCGUUCCAA